AUGUAUGUGUCUUUUAUACAAAAAAAAGCAGAAUUAAUAAUUGUUAUAAAUUCAUUUCUUGGAUAACCUCCUCGGAGAUAGUUAAAGAAAUAAUAAAUAUAGUUAAUAGUGCCACAAUUUAUUAUAAAUUUUCAAUUACAAAGCUACAAAAAUAAUCCUUCUAUCCUACUUCUUAAUUUCCAAUAAAUAGUAGUGAGUAUUAACUUGUUGAUUGAAAAAUAUAGGAAACUGGAAGUACUCAAAAUACUAUGCUGGGAUAAGAUAUUUUAUUUUCCAUUCAUAAAUUUAAAAAAUUGCAAUCUAAUACAACUUUAGAAUGUAUAUAUAAAAUGGUACUUGAAGUGCUGA